AUGAUCGAAUUCCGCACUCCAAAGUAUAUUUGUUUAAAAAAAAUUGAACCUCCAGUAAUUAGAUAUCAACCUCAUACUUUGUUUGUUAAAGUUUAACAUUUAUUACAGACAAAAGAGAAUAUUGAUACAUCGUUGACUUUGAGCUAAACAGAUGCAAAAAUGCAGUCUUAGUAAUCAGAAAUAAGCAAUCUUAGUACAUUUUAUUAAAGUUGCGAUUAAGCAAAGGAAAACAAACAAUAACCAAUUAUUGAUGUAGUACUUAAAAAAACUAAUUCUUUUCAUCUUAAUUCAAAGAUGAGAAGCAAUAAUAAAAUUUCAAGAGUCUCGAAGAAUUAGUUGAUGGAUGUGCUCUAAGAAAUAACAUCUCCAACUUAAACAAAGCGUAAAUAAGUAAUUAUAACAAUUGUUAUAAGGUUGUGAACAGAGAAUGGGAGUACUCUUAUAGGAAAUAAUAAAGGAAUAGUACAUUUUUCUAAUCUAUUGACAUUUCUAACGAAUAAACUAAAAGUUUACCAAAAUCUAGGAGUUUUAGUGUGAGAUAAUCAACUCAACAAUAAUCAUAAUAAUUGAAAGAUAUGAUUGAUCAAGCAAUUAAAAAUACAAAAAAUUUUGAUGAUUAUUUAUUAAGUCUUGUGAGUAAAUGA